AUGUGGCCUUUUACUCGCUGCGGCGAGGACGCCUGCGAAGCGCCUCCCCGACCGAUAACCCUCGCCUCCUCCAUCGCCGCCCUCCCUUUCUUCUUCGUAUUCGUCUCCGUCACGAUCCUCGUCGUCCGACACAUUUUCCCUCGCCUUAGCGCCAGCUCCGAAUCCCGCGACGGCGAAGAUCACGUACUGCCCUCGCACGCACCGGCUGCGCUGCGACAGGUACACGCUGAACAUGGGGCAAAGAGUUGGAGGCGGCGCAGCGCGGCCUGGACGUUUGGCGUCACGGUCGGGUUGGCCGCUACGCUGGGCGCGCUGAUAAUGGAUGAGAUUAUCGAAUUGAUCAAUGCGGAUUCGAGGAAUCUGGCGUUGAGGAUUACGGUGCCAAGCCUGUUGUUCAUGCUGGUCGUCCUGGUGCCCUGGUUGGAGGCCCGGUCCAUUGUCUCGAGUGCUGGAUGGAGUUUCCAGAGGACUGCCAAGGGCAGGUUCCCUCGUUUCGCUUGGCUUUUGCAGCUGGCGCUCUUUAUGGGAUGGUUGUUUGCUUUCUGGUCUGUUGGCCAGGCUGUUCCCGAGGGCGCUAUGCGCAAGACUUCGAGUUAUGGAGACAUGAGCUUGGGCGAGAUAUUGACUCGCGGAUGCUUGGAACGCAUUGGAGUUGUCGGCAUCUCGCUCAUGGCUCUUCUGUCGGGUUUCGCUGCCGUUUCUUCACCAUGGCAUACCUUUGUGGAUGUUACAACUCGGCGAAAGCGACCUGUCACCGAGGUUGACGUUGCGAGGAAGCAAGCCGGACUGGAUGCCGCCAACGAGAUGCUCCUCACGAAGCAACACCGACUGCAGUACCUGCAGCGCAAGGCAGCUAACGCUCCAGCUGCGCCACUGGGCAAGGGUAGCGGUCUUGUUGGAAAGGUGAUGGGCUCCUUACGAGGCCCGACCAGCGAAGAGGCAGAGAUGCGCACGCUGCGCCUGGAAAUUGCUGGUUUGGAGACCAUGGAGGCCAACCUUGCUUCAGGUCUCUCCCUGAUCAAGAGCCAUCAUGCAGCGACUGUACGCGCUUCUACGCCCGUGGGACGAGCCCUCCUGAUCCCUUCACAACUCUUCAGCCUGUACUGUCUGUACCGCAUCGGUGCAACUACACUGACUACGAUCCGUCGAGUAUAUUCUCCUACGUCGAGCUUCGCCAACACCGACCCCAUCAACCGCUUCCUCAGUAUUCUCGCCCGUCACUGGGACCCUAAGUUGGACCAGCUUGCUUGGGCGCGUCUCAUCAGCUUUGCUCUGAGCGGCGUGAUCCUCCUUGCCAGCGCCAACAGCGUGGUUCAAACCUUCCACCUGUUCGCCAAGUGGAUGCCUGGCCUGCUCCGUCAAGCACAGGCGAAUCUCGCACUUGUUGUGGGCCAGAUCGCUGCUACAUACGUCAUCUCAUCUGCCCUGUUACUACGCAGCCAGCUACCUUCUGCGUUGGGUUCGGCGGUUGGAAGCGUGCUUAAGGGUGCACUGAGCCCAGCAUUCGUGGAUGGCUGGUUUGAAGGAUGGUUCCUUAUGGGUAGUCUGGUCACAGCUGUCGGUAUCUGGGUCGGGAGGAAGCUUGGAGGUGACGAGGAGUGGGAUGAGUAUGGAAUGGAAGAGAUGGGCUCCAAGGAGAUGGGCGCCAAGAUGUCGUAG